AUGUCAUCUGGAGAUAAUAAAAUAAUCGAGGAACUGGUUCAAAAUAGUGAAAAGGUUACACCUACAAAUAUAGGUCAAGAAAAUGAGAUACUUCAACAGAAUCUCGACAAUUUAAGUCCGAAACAAACCUCUACAAAUUGUGUGAUUCAAAUUUCAACCGAUCCUAAACCUGAAUGGAAUAAUGAACAGAUGGAAUAUAAUUUAACGCGAAAAUUUUCUAUGGCAGAAGAAGACGUUUGCUUUCCUAUAAAAACCAAUAAUAAACACGAAGGAAUUGAUUAUGAUGAGUUGGAAAAAUAUACGAGUGAAAUAAAUUCUACCGAGAAAGAAGAAAGUCAAUGUUUGUCUCUUCUAUCCCCUUCCUCCGGCAACCCAUUAACUAGAAGAGUUAGUCAAUUUAGUGAACGAACAAAGUCAGCAGAAAUUACCGAGGAAUAUAGAUAUAUAUUUUAUUCAAGUCUGAUAGGAACGAUUAGGGCAAAAACAUUUACAGAUAUAGUGAAAAAUUUACCUGAUAAAAUCGGAAAUGUUUCUUCCAAAGGUACAACGAUGUCCGAAUUAUUAAAGAAAGGAUAUUUUUGGAUUGAUGUGUUGGCACCAACAGAAUCUGAAAUGAGAAUGUUAAGUAAGAUUUUUCAAAUUCAUCCAUUGACUGUGGAAGAUAUUGAAACCGAGGAAACCCGAGAAAAAUGUGAACUUUUUAAAAAUUAUUAUUUUAUUAGUUUCGGGACAUAUGAUCAAAUUGAUUAUCAACCAGGAGAAAUUGAAACUGUGAAUAUGUAUAAUAUUAUCAUGAGAGAAGGAAUAUUAUCGUUUCAUUUUCAACAAACACCACAUCAACUUAACGUUCGAAACAGAAUACGACAAUUAAAAGAUUUUAUAACAGUCACACCAGAUUGGAUCAAUUAUGCUAUAAUUGAUGAAAUUACAGAUUCAUUUGCACCAUUAAUUCGUAAGGUAGAAUUUGAAUCCGAUGCAAUCGAUCAAUUGGUAUUGGUGCUUAAAAAAUCCGAACAACAAGAUAUGUUAGUGAGAAUAGGAUUAUGUCGUAAAAUGGUAGUGUCAUUAUUAAGAAUGUUACAACCCAAAGCUGAUGUGAUAAAAGCAUUAAUUAAACGAAGUGAAGAAAGAUUGGUGGUUACUGGUUGUGAAAAAAGUGGUCCAGGUGACGUGAAUCUUUAUUUAGGAGAUAUCCAAGAUCAUAUAAUUACGAUGUUGCAGAAUCUUAAUCACUAUGAGAAAAUAUUAUCGCGUGCACACUCUAAUUAUCUUGCACAAAUAUCAGUAGAGAUUACACAAUUAAGCAAUCAAACUAAUGAUAUCAUAAAUAAAUUAACAAUGUUUGCUUCUAUUUUACUUCCAUUAAAUGUUGUCACGGGUUUAUUUGGUAUGAAUGUUCAUGUACCUGGUCAAGAUGAUGAAGAUUAUAAAUAUUUUAUUGGCAUUUGGUAA